CAUACUGCCUUGGCUCCGGCAGUCAGUGCACCAGCGCUGGGGCAAGCUGAGGCUUCGGUGCGGGGUUGGAGGCUGCUGCAGCAGAGGGAGGGUUUGUGUGCGGGAGACUGAGGCCAGAAAGCGCUGCCAUGGCGGGUGUGCUGAGCAGGGACGCGCCGGACAUCGAGAGUAUCCUGACUUUAAAUCCUCGAAUACAAACUCAUGCAACUCUGCGUUCCACAAUGGCCAAGAAACUAGACAAGAAACAUUGGAAAAGAAACGCUGACAAGAACUGCUCGACCUGUGGGAAGCUGGAGAAUAAUUUUGAUGACAUCAAGCACACGACUCUUGGUGAGCGCGGAGCUCUCCGAGAAGCAGUGAGAUGCUUGAAAUGUGCAGAUGCUCCCUGCCAGAAGAGCUGUCCCACAUCUCUUGACAUUAAGUCAUUCAUCACAAGCAUUGCCAACAAGAACUACUAUGGUGCAGCUAAGCUGAUUUUUUCUGAUAAUCCUCUUGGUCUUACUUGUGGAAUGGUUUGUCCAACAUCUGACCUCUGUGUCGGAGGAUGCAACUUACAUGCUGCUGAAGAAGGACCAAUUAAUAUUGGUGGACUGCAGCAGUUUGCUACUGAGGUGUUCAAAGCAAUGAACAUCCCACAGAUCAGAAGCCCAUCGCUGCCUCCUCCGAAGCAUAUGCCAGAAGCCUACUCGGCCAAAAUUGCACUUUUUGGUGCUGGGCCUGCGAGUAUAAGCUGUGCCUCCUUUUUGGCUCGGUUGGGCUAUUCCAACAUCACCAUAUUUGAAAAACAAGAAUAUGUUGGAGGUUUAAGCACUUCUGAAAUUCCUCAGUUUCGGCUCCCAUAUGAUGUUGUGAAUUUUGAGAUUGAGCUCAUGAAGGACCUUGGCGUAAAAAUAAUUUGUGGUACAAGCCUUUCCACAGAUGGAAUGACUCUUAGCACUUUGAAAGAAAAUGGCUACACAGCUGCUUUUAUUGGAAUAGGCUUGCCAGAACCCAAAAAGUACCAUAUUUUCCAAGGCUUGACACAAGUCCAGGGAUUUUACACAUCCAAAGAUUUUCUGCCACUCGUCGCCAAAAGCAGUAAAACAGGAAUGUGUGCCUGUCACUCUCCAUUGCCAUCCAUAAGGGGAGCCGUGAUUGUACUCGGAGCUGGAGAUACUGCCUUUGACUGUGCAACAUCCGCUCUGCGCUGUGGAGCCCGUCGCGUGUUCAUCGUCUUCAGAAAGGGCUUUGUUAAUAUCCGAGCUGUUCCAGAGGAGGUGGAGCUCGCUAAAGAAGAGAGAUGUGAGUUUUUACCUUUCCUUUCACCACGGAAGGUUAUAGUCAAAGAUGGAAGGAUUGUGGGAAUGCAAUUUGCCCGAACUGAGCAAGAUGAAACUGGAAACUGGGUGGAAGAUGAAGAGCAGACAGUGAGGCUGAAGGCUGACGUGGUUAUUAGCGCCUUCGGAUCUGUCCUGGAGGAUCCCAAAGUGAAAGAAGCAUUGAGUCCCAUCAAGUUUAACAGAUGGGGUCUCCCAGAAGUAAAUCCUGAAACCAUGCAAACCAGUGAGCCAUGGGUAUUUGCAGGUGGUGAUGUUGUGGGUAUGGCUAACACCACAGUGGAAUCUGUCAAUGAUGGAAAACAAGCUUCAUGGUACAUUCACAAGUACAUACAGGCACAAUACGGAACUUCUGUGCCUUCUCAGCCUACACUGCCGCUGUUUUAUACUCCUGUUGAUCUAGUGGACAUCAGUGUGGAAAUGGCAGGGUUAAGGUUUCCCAAUCCCUUUGGCCUUGCCAGUGCGACACCAGCCACUAGCACACCAAUGAUUCGAAGGGCCUUUGAAGCUGGAUGGGGUUUUGCUUUAACCAAAACAUUCUCUCUUGAUAAGGACAUCGUGACAAACGUCUCACCCAGAAUCAUCCGGGGAACCACUUCUGGCCCCUUGCAUGGCCCUGGACAAAGCUCCUUCCUCAACAUUGAGCUCAUCAGUGAGAAAACAGCUGCAUAUUGGUGUCGCAGUGUCACCGAACUAAAGGCUGACUUCCCGGACAAUAUCCUGAUUGCCAGCAUCAUGUGCAGUUACAACAAGAGUGACUGGAUGGAACUCUCCAAAAUGGCUGAGGCUUCUGGAGCAGAUGCCCUGGAGUUAAAUUUAUCAUGUCCGCACGGCAUGGGGGAGAGAGGAAUGGGCCUGGCGUGUGGGCAGGAUCCAGAGCUGGUGAGGAACAUCUGUCGCUGGGUUAGGCAAGCUGUUCGGGUUCCAUUUUUUGCCAAGUUGACCCCAAAUGUCACUGAUAUUGUAAGCAUCGCAAGAGCAGCGAAGGAAGGUGGAGCCGAUGGUGUUACAGCCACCAACACAGUCUCAGGCCUGAUGGGACUGAAAGCUGAUGGCACACCCUGGCCUGCUGUGGGCAUUGGAAAGAGGACUACGUAUGGAGGGGUAUCAGGAACUGCCAUCAGGCCCAUUGCUUUGAGAGCUGUGACUGCCAUUGCUCGUGCUUUGCCCGGGUUUCCUAUUUUGGCCACAGGUGGGAUUGACUCAGCUGAAAGCGGACUUCAGUUUCUUCAUAGUGGCGCUUCAGUUCUCCAGGUAUGCAGUGCUAUUCAGAAUCAGGACUUCACUGUGAUUGAAGAUUACUGCACUGGCCUCAAAGCCCUGCUUUAUCUGAAGAGCAUUGAAGAGUUAGCAGACUGGGAUGGGCAGAGUCCACCCAUUAUGAGUCAUCAGAAAGGGAAGCCAGUUCCGCGUAUUGCUGAGCUCACGGGACAGAAACUGCCAAGCUUUGGACCUUACCUUGAACGGCGCAAGAAAAUCAUAGCAGCGAGUAAAAUCAGACAGAAAGAUCAAAACACAGCUUGCUCACCUCUCCAGAGAAAGCACUUUAACUCCCCAAAGCCUAUUCCUGCCAUCAAGGAUGUAAUUGGAAAAUCACUGCAGUACCUGGGAACGUUUGGUGAGCUGAACAUCAUGGAGCAAGUUGUGGCCCUGAUCGAUGAGGAAAUGUGUAUCAACUGCGGCAAGUGUUACAUGACCUGUAAUGACUCUGGCUACCAGGCUAUACAGUUCGAUCCAGAAACUCACCUGCCUACUGUUAGCGACACAUGUACAGGCUGUACUCUCUGCCUCAGCGUCUGCCCUAUUAUGGACUGUAUCAGGAUGGUUUCCAGGGCAACACCUUAUGAACCAAAGAGAGGCCUGCCAUUAGCCGUGAAGCCGGUGUGUUAAGGUGAUCUAUAAGACAGCUGCUGUGAACUUUGAUAUUACCAAUGUAGGCUGAUCUUAAAAAACAAUAACAAUUGUAAUCAUUAUGAUCAGUUCUUUACAAAUUUUAUAGCUAUGCAUAUAUAAUUUCUGAAUAAGUGUCUAAAUUGGAAAACAAUGUCUAAUGCCAGUGACCAAUUAAUGGUCAUAAAAUGGAAUAAUUCUUCUCUGAGGUAGCUGGUGAGUAACUGCGGACCAGUUAAUUGGAUGUGCUCUGUCCGUUGUAGGCUGUGAAAAAUUAACUUUUUCAUGGCAAUUAGCGUGACAAUUUCUAAAUUGCCCUAUGCCGUGCUCACUCUUUGAUUUCUAAUUGUAAGCGAAAUGAACUAUUUUGGAAUGGAGUGCACGUUCGUAUACAGGAAACGGUUUCCAAGGAAACACUUUGUAAUUAAAAAUUACCUGUAAUUUUAACACUGUUUCUAAGGACAUGUAAUUAGCUCCAUUAAGAACAAUUGAAGAAAGUCAAGGCGUUAUUUACUAUGACAAGGGGAACAAAACCUGGAAGAGGGUUUCUUGAGUUUUCUUAAGUCCCCCUUUGGUGAAGUAACUCACUCUUUAGUGCUGGACACUGAAAGGGAGAUGAGUUCCUGACUAGAACGCUGUUGACCACUCAUGCCUGAAACGAGUGUCAGACUAUCCAGGAAUGGAAUACAUGUCAUUUUUAUUUGAAUACCAAAGCUGUGUUCCUAAUGAAAUAAGCUAUUAGGAUGGAUGGGUGUCUAGUGAACGCCACAAUUUCACUGAGCACAGACUGCUCAGUCUGCUUCUCAUCAUCACCUUCAUUAUGAUAGCAAUUCAAGUUCAAACAAGGGCUAGAUAACACAGCACCGAGCCAUAGGUUUCACAAUUCAACAACAAGAGCAUUAUAUCUGAUCCUUAUACAAAAUGAGAAGAACGGGUCUGACGGCGCUUUUCUUUGAUACUCACACGAUUUCAAAAUUAAUGAAAGAGAAAUGUGUAAUUUUGGAUACUGAUAAGUAUUUUUCUGUAUCUUUGUCUUUAUAAUAAGUAAAUAGCAUCACAAGUUCAUUUAAUCCUUCUUUAUGGAACAUUUUAAAGUGAAUCUAUAGAGAGUAAGUGAGAAAUGACAAUAUGUGGCAUAUCUCUAUGAUUAAAUGCAAGAUAUCUACAAGUGCACUUUAAAAUGUGUAUGAUUAAAUAACCACAAAUAAAAUUUUAUGAUCUAUUUUCAA